AUGAUUAUGUGUUGCACUUCUGCUGUAGUGAGUGUGACUCUAGUCCCCGAGACAGCAUGUUCCAGGCUUAUUCUGUCGUGGGACCGGAAGAAUGCGAGAAUGUUAGGAUGUACUCCUGAUCGAUCUUACACAUUUCCCCGGGAGGCCUUUGUAUGGGGCAAUGAGAGAUUCACUUCCGGAAGACAUUAUUGGGAAGUGAAAGUUUCCUCAAGGCAAUGGGCUGCUGGAAUCUCAAGAGACUCUGUCAGAAAGAAGGAAAGUAUCAACCCAAAAACAGAUGACUCAAUCUGGGCUGUAGGGGUAAAACCAUUUAACAACUAUGAUUCUGAAGUUUGCAUUUUCCCUGAAGUAGACUAUUUUGAGUUAGAACAGAAUCGUCGUAAGUUACAUGUGGCCCUGGAUUACGAAGAGGGUCGGGUGGAAUUUUAUGAUGAAUGUGAUGAAUUCAUCUAUGCUUUUACUUCAAUAUCAUUCUCUGGUGAGGAAAUCCGACCCUUUUUCUUCGUACCCAACCAUGGAUCCCUGAUUUGCUAAUCACUGGGAAGAACCAACCCUCAUCCACGGUCUCAUCAAAGGGCUCAAAAAGGCUUUCUUUGGAUCUCCAAGAAGGUUUGGGGAAUAACUUCCAUUUCUUAAUCAUGAGGGCUGAGAAUAUCUUAUCUGCAAAAAUGCCAAUAAGAAGAGGUUGGGUUAGGAGGUCUCUUUGGUUACAGAUUUUUUUUUUAAAGGCCCUGUCCCUCAAAAUAGGCAGAAGGAAGUUAAGCAUUUGAGAGCUUGACUUAUCAGAUACAUAGAACAUGCUGAUGCAUCCCUAUCUUCUCCUUUUUUAUUUUUGCCUCAUG